AUGUUUCCUUUAAGCAUCUCCUUCCAUAGAUUGACUGCUGUCCGGGCAGUUUUUCUGCCUCUGUCGUGCUAUACCGGGCUGAGUACAUCGUGCCAACAUGCUCUCGCGGCUAAUGUUACUUGCUCGCUAUAUUUCGGAAUCAUUUCUGAGAGCAAUGGCGUCAUGACAGCAGACCAGGUCCACGAAGUCUGUGUCGACAGCUGCUAUAAAUCUCUGGAAGCCGCUCGAACUACGAUCGCAGCCGCUGCUCUGACUGCUGGCUGGGUAGUCUUGCCUUGGAACUGGUAUCGACCUGCAAUUGUUUCACGGACGUCUAUGGAUACUUGGUUGGUGAAUGGCCACCGCCCAUCACUUUACAGUACUACCCCACAACUUUAUGGAAAGAGGACAACGUUUCCACCCCCGAUGAGGGUGUCGGUAUCAUCACCAUCCCUUGCUAUGAGUGGUUAUGAAGACUCCAAACGCACUCCAUGGAUGAGCUUCGACUCGAACCCAGCCGACGUAAUCGAGAACAACAUGCUCACUUGGGGCUACCGGACCUGGGGCCUCGUCAUCUACCGAUGCACCUACAAGAGCGACGCUGACUGGGAGGAAUUCAUGUCUCGCCUUCUCUAUCAAGUAAGGAGCACACUGGAAGUUUACGACGGCCUGGACAUGCUUGAUUCCUUCCGACCCACUGUAAUGGGCGACAAGACGCGGUUUGACGGGGCGACUCCCGGAUACUAUCCGGGAUUAUUUCAACGAGUGGGCGUCUGCCGCGUGUGA